CACCACCACCACCACCACCACCACCACCACCUCAACCCAAAGAAAAUACCACAGCACAAUGACCGAAGAAUCCAAAUCCCUUCCUCCUCCGCCUCCACCUCCCCCACCCCCAGCUACCACGCUCACCCCCGACCAACAACCCCCCGCAACCAACCCCACAGCGAACAGCAGCACAACCACCACCCCCGCCCCCGAACCCCAAUCCGAACUCAACGCCGCAGUCGACGACCUCCUCGACCAACUCCAACAUAAAUUCGACGGCGUCUCGCGCGAGAUCUUUGGAAAGUUAGACGAUAUGGCGCGGCGGUUGGAUGAGUUGGAGGCUUCGUUGGCGUUGUUGGACACUUCUUCUUCUGCUGCUGCUCCUGGGGCCACUCCUGGGGCUGGUGGUGGUGCCGGGGACGGGGCGGGGAGUCCCAGUCCGGGGAAGUGAGGUUCUCUAGGGUUGUGGUCUUCGGACUUGGUGGGCAGGGGGGAGAGUGUGGUAAUAUGAAGCGGGGGUUGGAUGCAUGGUGCUUGGACUACGGAG